AAUGACGUUCUUUCCGUUAUUCUUACGUUUACAAUCGACGGGAAAGAGUAUCACGUUAAUGAUAUGCUUCUAAGUAUGGAUUUGGCUGUUCCUGAUGUGGAAUACAUGUCGGAGAAGUUUCUGAAAACAGUAGGCUUUAGUUUCGAUCUGUCGCUGAAUUCUCAGGUGCGAAACGGUGAGAAAGUGACUUCCUCCCAAGAGAUUAUUCCACAACCUCUGAAAGAUCUCGAAGCAUUGUUGCGGAAUAUGGGCUUCAACUACGAGAACGAAACGGAAGGUCAUAACCUGGAUAUCAAAUGCGAUAAGACUUUCAUUCGAGGAAUUUUAAAAGAUGUUGAAAUGGCGGCUAGAAAUCCCGGUUUUCCGUUCAGUAAGGUCGUCCCAAUGAUUAGUUUGCUUGAGAAUAAAAGGAACGCAAUGCUAGAAGCGGGCAGCAGGAGAGCAUGCGACAACAAGAACGCGCUUUUCAAAAUUUCGCUUAUCAAAGAAAUAUGCACUGUAUUGAAACGCGUUUUGGAACUUAAAUCACGUUUUGCGGCUUAA